CUAUCGGGCGGAGGGAAGCGCAGGGAGCGAUCUUUGGCUCGACGCUGUCACACUAGCGCAGGUACCUUCGCCCUUUGACAGAUAGAGAGCUGGCAGUUGGGUGCGGAGAGCCAUCUUUGUAGCCGGCCUUGUGGGCUUAGCUGUCUUCGCCAUGAAUGGCGCAAGGUCGAUGGGGGAUCUCGCCCCCGGUACGAAAUCCUAUGGCUCUUCCGCGCCUCGAUCUGCUGGACAGCCCAUCAAGCCCGGAUUGCCAUACCCACCUCCGGAUAUGCAGACGGCUCUUGCGCGGCCAAUGGCAGGUACUGGAGCACAUGCUCCUCCUCGGCAGGAUGACCGCACGUAUAUCAGGAAUGGUAGCGUUCAGGAUCGCGAAGCUGCCUCGUACGCGCCGCAGGGAGGCUCAGCGGAGCAGAGAGAGCUGGCCAGCCCGGAAGCGAGCACAAGUGCGGUGCCUCUGGGCGCUUCCGAGGAGAGCACCGAUCUUCAUGUCCUCAGCAAGGAUCAUCCGACCCAAUUCGGCCAGCACCUGCUACGGAGCGAGAGAGCGCGAAAGAAGGCGAGGUUGAGGGAGCAGCCUGGCGUGAGCGUCGAAGCUCUGCAGCAAGAGCUACUCGAAGAGACAGAUGGCCUCGUUCCGCUGGGUGCCAUCGUCGCUAGACUGGCGAAUUAUGGGUUCGAAAGCUUUGGCAAUUUGGCGGAGACGUGAGUUCGCGGUUGUUGGAGAGCCUCAGCAGACCUGCGCGAGAGAUGCACAUAGAGAUGCAGGAGGUCGAGUCGGAAAAGCGUGGAGAUGCUUUCAUGGUUUCGCCAGGGUAUUCUCGAGUCGGCCGUCAGCUAGGGUGGUGGAUAGGGUCACUUGAGCAAUGCUGCUCUGUGAAUCUGACUCCAAAAUCGGUACGAGCAAAAGGAGUAG